AUGAGUGGCCACGGAAACGCAUCGACACCACCGAUCGUAUCUUUACUAUCUGGUGGAAUUGCUGGAGGGGUAGAAGGCGCUCUUACAUACCCAAUGGAGUUUGCCAAAACACGAGUUCAACUGCAUUCUGGCCCAUCUAAAUUACCACGGAAUCCAUUUCAGGUUGUUGUACAAGUAUACAAACAAGAAAGUAUAAGAGCUUUGUAUAAAGGGUGUGGUGCAUUAGUAUUUGGAUCUAUUGCAAAAGAUGCUGUACGAUUUACUUCGUAUGACAGCAUCAAAAACGUCUUUCGUGAUCCGGAGACUGGUGUUUUAUCUCCGGGCCGUAAUAUGUUAGCAGGCAUGGCAGCGGGAGUUGCAGCCAGCAUAUUUGCAGUUACACCUACUGAACGAAUCAAAACGGCGCUCAUCGAUGAUGCCAGGACCACGAGGCAAUAUAAUUCCACAAUGCAUUGUAUACGUACCAUUCUCAAAGAAGAUGGAUUUGUAGGUUUGUAUAGAGGUUUCAUUGGCACAACUCUCAAACAAGCUUCUGCAACCUCUUUUAGAAUGGGUUCGUACAACAUUAUCAAGGAUUUUCAGGUCGUACGAGAUAUUCCACAGAAUACUGUCCUGAACUUCGCGAAUGGGGCAGCGGCAGGCGUAAUCACUACUUUGGCAACACAACCAUUUGAUACUGUCAAAACGAGAAGUCAAUCUUCGAAAGUGACUACAACCACUCAAGCUGUAAUGGGUAUCAUCAAAGAUGGUGGUGUGAAAGCUUUUUGGAGAGGAACAGUCAUGAGAUUAUCACGGACUGUGUUUAGUGGUGGUGUUUUGUUCACAACCGCGGAAGCUAUGACAAAGAUUUUGAAUCCUAUAUUUGCACCACGGCGUGCUUAUGAAUCCCGUCAUCCACUCGUGCUACCAUCAUGUAGUUUGCACUCGUUAUCCAAGUGCAGACAUACGAAAUCGUACCCCUGUUACAGCUGGAAGAAUGUGACGCGUCAAGAGUCAUUGAUUUCAGCUAUGCCAGCGAAUAAGGGUCUUUUCUUCCGGAACUCAUCUGAUAACGAGGCCGUAAAGCCUACUAUGCUCGACCUAGUCACCACCAUAUUUCUCGGCGUCUUCAUUAUACUUGGAAAUGAACUUUGUCAGCAAAUUUACCAGCUCAAUUUAAACCCGUUUCGUCUCCACGAUACCGAGCAUUCAGAAGCGAUCAUUACUAGCGACUCAGAUUGA